CUCUUGACCUGUCUGAAGUAUUAUAGUUAGAGCGUCAAUAUGUUAAUAACUUUACGAGGAUAGAUUCUGAUUUUAAUUACGUGUUUUAGGACUUCUAAGAAUAAAGAUCGGCACAUGGUGUCAUUUGUUGUUAUCUGGUGAAGACCUUUUUUUUAUCACCUGGAAUUUUCUGCUGCAAGAACUUGUAUCUAGUGAAGAACUGAUUCACCAGAACAGAAAUAUAUAGCCCGAUGUAGAAAAUACAGAUGAGAUAGAAUAUAUAUCUGAAUGGAGCUGUUUGACUCGGACCAAUCACAAAGGCUGUUUGAGGCUUCUCAAACUGGAAAUGUCCAGUUUCUGCAUCAAUUGCUGGCAGAAAAUCAACUUCUUCUGCAUAGUGUUUCACUGGUUUCCAGAGAAAGCCUCUUGCACGUUGCUUCGGUUGCUGGCCAUGUUGAUUUUGUCAAGGAAGUUGUAAGGUUGAAACCAUCUUUUGCCAAGGAAUUGAACCAGGAUGGAUUAAGCCCCAUGCAUAUUGCAGCAGCUAAUGGCUUUCUAGAAAUUGUAAGGGAGCUGCUUACAGUUGACCCGAAACUCUCACAGCUUAAGGGAAGAGAUCAAUGGACUCCACUGCAUUAUGCUGCUGUGAAAGGGAGGGCAGAUAUUAUCCGAGAAAUGAUUUUGGCUUGUCCAGAAAGUGUUGAACAUGCGACCGUACAAGGGGAGACUAUGUUUCACCUGGCUGUUAAGAACUGCCAAUUUGAAGCUGUUGCAGUUCUUUUGAAAUUAGUGCGAGAAUUAGGCAGGCUGAAGGUCCUCAACAUGAAAGAUAAUCUUGGAAAUUCAGUUCUUCAUCUUGCAACUUGGAAAAAGCAACAUCAGGUCGUGGAUUGGUUAGCUCACAGUGAAACUGGUGCUUUAGAAGUAAACAAUGUAAAUCAGAGUGGACUCACAGCUCUGGAUCUGCUACUAAUUUUCCCUAGUGAAGCUGGUGAUAGAGAAAUGGAGGGAAUCCUUCGUGGUGCUGGAGCUUUAAGGGCACGAGACAUAGUCCAUCCUAGUUCUGAUGUUCCUUGCUCGAGUCAGAAUCAUAAUCCGACGGCAUUGGAGACCCAUCAAGACCAGCCAAGUAAAGUAGCUUUGAGGGCAAUGGAUAUAGUCCAUUCUACUUCUGAUCAAUUUGUUCCAAAUGGCUCUCCCGAGAACCAUUCUCAAAUGACAUCAGAGACUCAUCAAGAGCAGCCGGACAGUUUGCUGGAGUACUUCAAGUUCAGAAUGGGAAGAGACUCUCCUAGUGAUGCACGUACGGCACUAUUAGUUGUAGCUGUGUUAGUUGCCAUAGCAACCUUUCAGGUUCCACUCAACCCUCCAGGAGGUCUAUGGCAGGACACAGACUUGAACAAGAAUGGGACUGAGCCACCACACCUUGCAGGGACGUCCAAUAUGGCUUCUUAUUAUCCAGCUUACUCAAUCCUUUUUGCAGUUUUCAACUCCAUUGGAUUUUCGCUUUCUCUUCACAUGAUCAAUAUCCUCACAACCAAUUUCCCUUUGCGGUUGGAGCUUCAAGUUUGUGGCAUUGCAAUGUACUUUACCUACAUCAAUGGAUUGAUUACAAUUUCUCCAGGCGAAACUGCAGGUUGGUACUCGCUGUUUGCACUUACGCCAGCUUUGCCUGCGGUGGUUCUAUUUGCUGCCAGAAGGGUUCAGAAACUUAUCAUAAAGCUCAGACAACUUCUGCUAAACCAGAUGCCGGUAUUGAGUAGAUUCAUAUAAUUUGAUAGGUUAUGAGUCAUGACAACCAUCUCAGUGUUGAGGGCUGUAUCAGUUCAUAGAAAAAGUAGCAUAUUUCCUGGUUUCCAUGAUUUGAUGUACACAAUGUUUUAAAAAACUUAAGACUACUUAUAUAACGCCUCUAGACAAAAGCAGUGAGGCUUAAAAAACUUGCUCAUCGCACAUCUAUAGCUACGUUUUUCAUGUCUUUUACUACACAUUUGAAAAUAAUUUUUUGGUAUUUUUUUUUAUAUUUAUAUAUAUAAUGUGUUUAAAUGAAUGAAAACUAUCUAAAAAGUUUCGAUUAUAAUUUUUGUUAGGAAUGACAAAAAUUAUAUUGAGCAAAAAGAGAAAUACAUGGAGCAAUGCAAAAGCAUCGAAAUGAAAAAGUAACAAACAACAAAAAGCACAAGUGUUUUUGUAAAAGCAAUAAAAGAUAACAACAUAUGAAUGCCUGAAACUAAUUGUAAUCAAAGGACUAAAUGUCUCCUGACUACUGCAUAAGUCAAAACAGUGAAAAUAUUGGGAAGUAACCAGAACCGUAACUGUAACCGUAGCAGAGCCGGUCUAUAUGAUUUGAAAUGCACACGAGAGGCGGCCCGAGAGACACGAAGGCGACCAAGGGCGUACUCCCCUCGAGAUACGUACUUGUAACCGUACAACCUCAAGAAGUUCCCUCGUGACAUUAGCAAUCGAACUCUCUGAAACCAUAACCAAAGGAAAGGGUGUUCAAACAAUGACACCCCGAAGUGCCAGCCUCCAGGAUCCCAAAUCCGGACCAAACAAUGGCUGGCCGCAACAUCCAUGCACCAAACAAGCCCAAGCAAGGAAGUCUCAAGUCUGAGGGUUCCCAAGAAGAGCAAGCCCACCUAAAGAAGGCCCAAUGGGAAAUGCUCUGGCCACCCAAACCAAAGCCCACACAAACACCUCCCUCCUCAGCCCUCCUACCUGUCGCUGGCGUCAGGUCGUUCUCCACCGAUCGUCAGAAUCCAUUGAGGGAAAUCGCCGCCGGAACAAAGCCCAUUUGGCCACCGCCCGAAACCAACACGACUCGCCUCUUAUAGAUCUGAACCCACCUCGUCCCGGAUCCCAAAUCCAUAUUAGAGUACCCCAGCUCGGAAAACUGGCAACCCAAGACGGCAAAGACACCAACUCGAACCUGUCGCCAAACCAGAUUUGAUCGCCCAAAUCUGCCAUCACCAGACGUGUACCAUUGCGCAGCCGUGCUUCAUUGACCACCAUCCUUCGCCAAAACCCCUCCGCCGCAGCACACUUCGACUCAGGUUCACCAGCAAUACGAUGCCAUAAUUGCCAACAAAGAUGAAGCAAAAGAAACCCAAUACUCUUUGGAGGAGUAGAGGGAGAGAACGACCUCGAGAGGCCGACUGAUAGACAUCACGAUGAAGAUCAGACGUCUGAUGUCGCGUCAAGCACAACCCCGAGGUUAGAGUUAGUUGUCGCCUUACGAGAGAGAGAACCA